UAUUAGAUAAAUAAUUAAUUAAAUCAUUUAAAAAAAUUUUUCAAACUAAAAGAAGUAUUAAAUAAUGGAUGUACAUGCAAUAAGUGGUUCAAGAAAGCCUAAGUAUGAGGAAAAAGUAAGGAAUUACGGUGAUUUAGAAACUGAUACCAUCGAACUGAUACAGGCUGCAAUAACAGUUAAGAAAUUCGCCUAUAGCCCAUAUAGUAAUUUUAAAGUUGGAGCGGCUUUUCGAUCAAAAUGUGGACGUAUUUUUACUGGUUGUAACGUUGAGAGCUGUUCCUAUACACCCACCUGCUGCGCAGAACGUACUGCAAUUUCCAAAGCAGUUAGUGAAGGUUGUACAGAAUUUACAUCUGGUGCUGUAGUGGCUUAUGAAGAAACUGCCCUAACAACUCCGUGCGGUGUUUGUCGUCAGCUUAUUAUGGAAUUUGCAAAUGAGGAUAUAUCGCUUUACAUAACAAAGGAUCAAGAAGGAGUUCCGAAAGAAAGUAGUGAUGCUGUACUAUGUACAUCAAUCUAUAAUUUACUGCCUCAUGGAUUCAAGAAGAGAGAUUAACGCUAGAUUAUAGUUAAUAUAUUUCAUAAAUUAUUAAAAGCCAAAUAAAUAUAUUUUUU